CUUGGAUUUUGAAGAGGAUGAGUAAAGGGAAGGGCGAGCUAAUCCAUAUUGGGAAGUGGAAGUGGCUACUUCCGUGUCCCUACUACAGUAUAACCUUGAGUCGCGACUGCACGAAACAUCCCAACUGAGAGUUGUCGCGGUGCUCAACGCCCAAUCUGGCCGGAACAUACAGCGACCUGCACUGGACCUAAGCAUUGCACAGCAUAGCAUACGGGCCUCUUCAUCUGGACUCGCUGGGUGCACUUCCGCGCAUGGUCUCCCGCCAUGGCGCCCGAACAACAUGAAGCCUCUUCCUCAGUUGCGCCUCCGAAUUCGACCAGGGCGACGACGGCUGCGACAGAAAGCGCCAUCGAUCUUCCUCACCGACGGAAAGCGCCCCCGAGGCCAGCAGUUGCUGAGAAAUAUGCGGCGCGCGACCUUCUCCACAGCGCGGCGCUGAUUACGGUUCAGCAGAAUGAGAAGGAGACGUUCAAUCGGAAACUGGGCAAGGUGCAGGACUACACGGACAUACGGACACAGUAUCGCAAAUGGUUCCCGCCUAGUCGACUAUACGGAGAAGGAUAUAAUGGGUUUGGGAAUGGACACACAGAUGAGCCCGUGCCGUCAGUGCUGUAUCCCGUGUCGAAAAUCCGCGCUGGGAAUAAGCGCACGCCGAUGCUGCGAGUCAAGCGCAAGGACUUGAACCAACAGGCCGAGCAAGUCGAAGAGCUGAUACCGAUACGUCUGGACGUCGACUGGGAAAAGAUUAAGCUGCGCGACACGUUCACCUGGAACCUUCAUGACCGGGUGGUGCCAAUGAAGCUAUUCGCUGAGCAACUGGUCGAAGAUUUUGGCGUAGAAGGCCCUGCGGCCGACCAUGUCCUCGACAUGGUUAUGCGCCAGAUCUACGACCAGCUCGCGGACUUCUGCCCACCUGUGUACAUCGAAGAGGACGCGCUGGACCCAGAACUUCCGUAUCUGGCAUACAAGAACGACGAGAUGCGGAUUCUGAUCAAGCUGAACAUCACGAUUGGGCAACAUACAUUGGUGGACCAAUUCGAAUGGGACGUCAACAACCCUCUAAACUCUCCCGAAGAAUUCGCGCUAUCCAUGUCUCGCGAGCUGUCCCUCUCCGGCGAAUUCACAACAGCAAUCGCGCACUGCAUCCGCGAGCAAUCCCAACUCUUCACCAAGUCCCUCUACAUCGUCGGCUACCCCUUCGAUGGCCGCCCCGUCGAGGACUCCGACCUCGUCGCCUCCUUCCUUCCCACACCCCUCCCCUCCGCAUUCCGACCCCACCAACAAGCCCGCGAAUACGCGCCGUUCCUGUACGAGAUGAAGGAGACCGACCUUGAGAAGAACGAAGUCAUAUUCUCCCGCGAACAGCGCCGCCAAAAGCGCUCCGUCAACCGCCGUGGCGGCCCAACACUCCCAGACCUCAAGGACAGACAACGCACUGUCCGCACCCUUACCGUCUCUUCCGUCCUCCCCGGCGCUGCCGAUACGAUAGAGGAAAGCCGGAUCUUCAAGCGCGUUGGAGGCCUUUCUGGCCGCGGUAAGCGCGGCGCUUCUGGCCCAACUGGUGGCAUCGAUGGAAACUCCGAAUCGGAAGACAGCGAUGACAGCGUACCUGAGUCGCCCGCGCCCAACCAGCUACAAGGCACGCUACGCACUCGCAACAUGCGCGGCGCCGCCACAGCCGCCCAACAACGCAUGGCGAACCAAGGCCGCUCCGAAACCCCCGAAGCAAUCCUCCACCACCACGAGACCCGCACCUCAGCGCGACGCUUCGGCGGCCGCGACGCACGCGACGAGUCGCCCGACGGUCCCGUGAGCUUCAUCAUCAAGCUUAAGAUCGGGAAGGAGAAGCUGCGGCAGUACCUCCGCGAUCGGAAAGCAGCGACUAAGCCCCUUAGCCAGCAUAGUCGCAGCCAGAGUAAUGUGUCUGGGCUGGGGACGCCGGCGCGGUGGAGCAUGGGACCGCCGUCUACGCCGGGGCUGCAGAAUCAGCAGCUCGGUGGUGGUGCGCAGACGACGACGCCGGGGCCGGUGAUGAAUGCGCAGGUGGGGAGGGUGGAUGCGCCGCCGCCGCCGGGCCAGGGUCAGAGUUUGCCUGCUCCUCCACCCCCACCAGCAUGGCUCAUAGCCGGCCUCCAGGGCCUGCAGCAGACCUACACACAAGACCGCUUCGAGGGGAUGAUGCGCUACUUCGCGGUCGACGCCACGACGGAAUUGCCCGUCCCCCCCGCCGAGGCAGAGACCUCGAAUAACGUCAAGUACAUGUGGUUCCCGCGUAUCCGCUGCAGCGAUUGUCCGGGGAAAUUGUAUACCCCCGGCCCUAACACGACGGUCGAGGGAUUUGAGGUCCAUUUGAGGAAUCGGCAGCAUAGGGAGAGGGUGGAUGCGCGGACGGGGGGUGCGUGAGGUGAGGUGUGUGGAUAGUGGACCAAGGGGGGGGGUAUGG